UUUUUUUUUUUUGAUUUCUAUACAGAUAUAUUUGUAUCAUGGUUACUGUACCAGCUCCUCCAACUCAAGUUGGUGCUGCUAUACCUGCUCAUACACCUCAUGCAGUUUCUGUUACACUUCCCACUUGGCAAGAUAAUGUCUAUUACGAAGAAGGUGAUGCUAGAGUGACCUCAAAAAUGGAAUGUGGCUACCCUCGUUUCUUCAUUCAUCCUUACAUUCAAAAAUUAUGUACUCGACUAGUGCAAAAGUUUGGUAAACCAGCUGAAAACGGCAUGCUCUUUCCUUCACGCAAGGUAGCAGAAAGGUGUCGAACGUUUAUGAAACAAUAUUAUACACCAGCUCAUGAUCGUGUGGGAAUUGUACGUAUUGCUCAAUGUGAAAUCGCCCCUUUGGAACCUUCUUGCGAACUACAACCUGUACCGAUCUUUAUUGUCUUAUUUCCAACCGAUGCUUUUUCAGUUGCUAAACAAUUUUGGCAACAUACUGGUGACAUUAUUUCUUCUCGAAUGGCUGAAUAUUGUUUACGGAUCAUGGAUCAAAAUGAAUCAACCACUACUCUCCCAACAACUCAAACCAUUGAACCUAAACCAAAACAUGGAACUGGACGAUAUGGACGUCGAAAUGUAGCAACCACUUCAUCAUCAACAACACCAUCUAAUAUAAGAAAUCAACAAGAUGAGGAAGAUACUGAUCAACAUUUUUAUGUCGAAGAACGUUAUGGACGCAAUUUACCUGUGGAAUACUCUGAUCGGGCAAAGCGGGCCCUGAAACGACGCAUUGCUGGUGUCUUGACUGAAGCUGAACAAACUAAUCUUGCUCUGACAACCACUCAACAAGAUCUGGAACAACAACGAUUAAGAAAAGGCGAUCGAGGUAUUAAAGGAUUAUCUGAAGAUGAUGUUUAUUUGUUUCCAUCUGGUAUGAGUGCAAUCUUCCAUGCAUUCCUUGCCACUACUUUGGUUGGUGAUGCUUCUAGAUCAAGUGUUUGUUUUGGAUUCCCUUAUACAGAUACAUUGAAAAUUUUACAAAAGUUUGGAGCUGGAUGCCACUUUUAUGGAAUGGGAGAAGAUGAAAACAUUGAUGAAUUGGAAGCUUUAUUACAAUCUGGAGAACGUAUCUUGGGUCUGUUUUGUGAACUUCCCUCGAAUCCUUUAUUGAAAUCACCCAACAUCAAACGACUUCGACAAUUGGCUGAUACUUAUAGAUUCUUUAUUGUGGUGGAUGAAACCAUUGGCAAUUUUAGCAAUGUUAGUGUUUUAGAAUGGGCUGAUAUGGUGGUUAGUAGUUUGACCAAGGUCUUUUCAGGUGAUAGUAAUGUCAUGGGUGGAAGUUUGGUAUUAAAUCCUAAUCGUCGUCACUAUCAAGCACUUGUAAAUGCUUUGACAUCUGAUUAUGAAGAUUUAGUAUGGGGUGAAGAUGCUGUUUUUAUGGAACGUAACUCUAGGGAUUUCCGUGCUCGAUCCAAGAUCAUCAAUGAAAAUGCAGAAGCUAUAUGUGAUUUAUUGUCAUCUCAUCCUAAAGUGGUACAUGUUUAUUAUCCAAAAUAUACAACCAAGGAACACUAUCUAGCAGUCAAGAAUGUGGAUGGUGGAUUUGGAGGACUCUUCUCGUUGAUGUUAAAAGGGGAAAAACAAGCUACUCAAUUCUACGACAAUCUCAACUGUGCCAAAGGUCCUUCUCUUGGAACCAACUUUACUUUAGCCAGUCCCUAUACAAUCCUUGCUCAUUACACAGAAUUGGAUUGGGCUAGUCAAUUUGGUGUUGAACGUCAUUUGAUUCGGGUGAGUGUCGGUUUGGAAGAUCGUGAUCAUCUUUUGUCCAUGUUCAAACACGCAUUGGAUGCCGUUACUGAAGAAUGACAUCUUAUCAUUUAGUGUUAGUUUUUAUAGUUUAUAUUUAGAAUAAUAAUAAAAUGACAAAUAAUGUUUAUGAUUUUGUUUUCAGUGUCUCUCUUUUUUAAAAAAAA